ACGGUAAUGAUCUUAUGACAUAGCAAACCCCGCAUGUAUAUAUAUCAGUAUCCCCUAUCAAUCCAAUUUCCACCGGCACUCCCUUCCAAAAUGCCCUCCCCAAUAAACAUCGGAAUAAUCGGCUGCGGGGAAGUAGCCCAAGUAGUUCACAUCCCAACUUUAACCUUCUUGCCAGGACUCUACAAAAUAACAUACCUCUGCGACAUCUCUCCCGCCACUGUCUCCCACGCCGCCUCGAAAACCCCAUCCCAAGAGCCCAUCCACACGACACAAGACGCAGAAGAGCUAUGCUCCUCCCAAUCAGUCGACGCAGUCUUCAUCUUGGGCCCAGACGAAUUCCACGCUGAGCAUGCACUUCUCGCACUGAAGCAUGACAAGCACGUCUUUGUUGAGAAACCAGUGACGCUGACGAAGAGGGAUGCGCUGGCCAUCGCCGAGGGGGAGAAGCAUUCAAAGGGCAGGGUCAUGGUGGGGUACAUGCGGCGUUACGCUGCCGUCGUUGAUGACGCUAUCGCGGAGAUUGGUGGGCGGGAAAAUAUCAUAUACGCUAGGGUUAGGGAUAUAAUUGGGCCGAAUAGCACGUUCGUGGGGCAAUCCGGAACGUUCCCGAGGAGGUUCUCUGACUACAAGCCAGAGGAUAUAAGUGAAUGGGCGGGGCGAGCGAUGGAUAUGGCUUCGGAGGAGCUGAGUGGAUGCGGGGCCCAGGUUACCGAGCAGAGCAUUGAGCUAUAUAGGGGGUUGACUGGGUGAGCUGCCGGAGCCAAGGAUGAAGACGCAAGACGGUGUUGACAGAGGGUAGAUUAGGUUCCCACGACUUAUCACUCAUGCGGGAAAUCCUCGGAAUGCCGGUUCGUGAGAACCCGACUCUGGGAGCAUCACUCCGCAUGCCGGUCUGGAACGUUCUUUUCAAUUAUGGCCACUUUACCGUUCUCUACGAAUCUGGGUUCCACAAGAUCCCCAUAUUCGACGCGCAUAUCGAGGUAUACUCUGAGAACAAGUCCGUGCUUAUAAAGUACGAUACGCCGUACGUGAAGGGUUUGCCCGUUACCAUGACUGUGAGGGAGAAUGUGGAUGGGAAGUUUGUGGAGAGGUUUGUUAGGAACUCGUAUGAGGAUCCAUAUACGCUCGAGCUGAAGAGCUUUUAUAGUGCAGUUAGGGAGGGGGGGAAGAUCAAGACGGAUGUGAGCGAUGCGUUGGAGGAUUUUGAACUAUUUGGGAUGAUUAUGAAGAAUUGGAAGGAGUAG